AGCGUGAUUGGGUGUUGUGCUGUAAAUUACCGGGAAAGGGUGCUGUCCUGAAAUACAGUGUCUCAGAGAUAUACUCGAUGAGCUGCUGGGAAGAAAGCCUGUCAUCAAACCGAACCGUGGAGCGAGCUGUCAUUUUUAUUUCAAAUACCGUUAAACCCAAUAUCACCACGCCCUGCCAAGAUGCCUGGAUCCGUCCCAGCUAACGGGGAAGCCAGCUGGCCCAAAGAUGUGGGCAUCGUAGCCAUGGAGAUAUACUUGCCCUCCCAGUAUGUUGACCAGGCAGAGCUGGAGCAAUUCGACGGUGUAGAUGCAGGCAAAUACACCAUCGGCCUAGGCCAGGCCAAGAUGGGCUUCUGCUCAGACCGUGAAGACAUCAACUCACUGUGCCUGACCGCAGUCCAGAGGCUAAUGGAGAGGAACUGCCUGUCCUAUGAAAGCAUAGGGAGGCUGGAGGUGGGCACUGAGACCAUCAUUGACAAGUCCAAGUCUGUGAAGACAGUCCUCAUGCAGCUGUUUGAAGAGUCAGGCAACACAGAUGUGGAAGGCAUUGACACGACCAACGCCUGCUAUGGGGGAACAGCAGCUCUCUUCAACGCAGUCAACUGGGUAGAGUCCAGCUCCUGGGAUGGCCGGUAUGCACUAGUUGUUGCAGGAGACAUUGCUGUCUACGCUACUGGAAGUGCUAGGCCAACGGGGGGCGCUGGAGCUGUAGCCAUGCUUGUUGGCCCCAAUGCUCCUUUAGUUUUUGACAGAGGUCUGCGCGGAACACACAUGCAGCAUGCCUAUGAUUUCUACAAGCCUGAUAUGGUGUCUGAAUAUCCAGUUGUUGAUGGAAAAUUGUCGAUUCAGUGCUACCUCGGUGCAUUAGACCGGUGUUAUACUGUGUUUCGCAACAAAAUCCAUGCACAAUGGCAGAAAGAGGGCAGUAACAAGCGCUUCAGCCUGGAGGAUUUCGGUUUCAUGAUCUUCCACUCACCCUAUUGCAAGUUGGUGCAGAAAUCACUGGCCCGCCUAGUGCUGAACGACUUCCUCAGCCACCCCAACCCCAACACAGAGAGCGGGAUCUUCAUCGGCCUGGAAGCCUUCAGGGAUGUGAAACUAGAAGACACUUACUUCGAUCGAGAUGUGGAAAAGGCCUUCAUGAAGGCUAGUGCGGAACUGUAUAACCAGAAAACCAAGGCGUCUCUGCUUGUUUCAAACCAGAAUGGCAAUAUGUACACACCGUCUGUGUAUGGCUGCCUUGCCUCUGUCCUUGCACAGAACAGUCCACAGCAGUUGGCAGGAGAGAGGAUUGGAGUUUUCUCUUAUGGGUCUGGUUUUGCUGCUACAUUGUACUCUAUCCGAGUGACACAAGAUGCUACUCCUGGCUCCUCGUUGGAUAAGCUUACUGCCAGCCUGUGUGACCUCAAGUCCCGUCUUGACUCCAGGAGGAGAGUAGCACCGGAGCUCUUUGCUGAGAAUAUGAAGCUUAGACAAGAGACUCACCACCUAGCAAACUACAUCCCUCAGGGCUCAGUGGAUGAUUUGUUCCCUGGAACGUGGUUCCUAACACGAGUGGAUGAGAAGCACCGGCGGGAAUAUGCGAGACGGCCCCUGAAUGAGAAUGGACCUCUGGAAGCUGGACUGGUUCAUUCCACUGCUACAGAGCACAUACCCAGUCCUGCUAAGAAAGUUCCAAGGAUUCCUUCCAUCGCUGAAGGGCCAGAAACCGUUGUCAUUAGCAAUGGAGAGCACUGAGGUACCUCUGUGAGGUGAAGAACUGAUGGCUCACCAGUGGAAACAGACAAGGGGGAAAUAAUAAACAGACAGCCCUUUCCUUAAUCCCUUAUGCUAAAUUAAGCAUCUGCACAACAAUGUAUUAUUUAAUCAGCAUAUGCAGGAAUUAUCUUGUGCUGCCUUGUCCAUGCUGGGAUUUUGCUGUAAACUUUGCAACACUAACAUAUGGGCCCAUCAGGUAUGGGACAACUGAUGUUACGCUAUGUAAAAAUAUACUCAUAUUCACAGGUACAGGCUGUGUUCAAAGACAGGAAAGUGAGGUUAACUUGUAUAACAGUUUUAUCAAAUGCUGCUAUAAUACACAUGCAUAUCUGUUUGUGAUAUCCAGUGGUGUUCAAAUCUAAAUAGUAGAUUUUCCCACCACCACAAGCACCAGCAAUGUGUGUGCAUAUUUUAUAACCUAGCAUCUCAGAGGGCUUUGUAGGGUCUUGUGUUUGAAUUUUUUGUUCUUAUACUGUUUGCAUGGAGUCCACUUUUUCAUUCUUCUAGGCUGAAUCAGCUGUAGUUUGGAAUUACAUUUGCAAAUGUCUAAUCUGAAAAGUCAUGUGUAACCCCCAAGAUAUUUAUUGAUGGAUAGAAUCAGCUGUAUAAAGUGGUAAUGAACAUUCUUCAGUGGUUUGCUCAAAAGGUAUGGUCUAAAACUAAAGUGGCCUUUUUCCAUUCGGCAUAAUUCCAGCCCGAGGACAAAGGGGUUGGUUGAUGUACAAUUGUGAAAUAAAGGCAAAUUGCAACUCAUACUAUAAUAUGAAUGCGUUUUUCUUGUAAUUAACUAUUUAUUACAUUUAUUUCAAAAUGUUCACUGCCUUUUUUGGGCUGUGUUCGAAAGUACAAACUGUAGACCACUUUAGUCCCUCCAAGCGCAUGCUUCUUUUUGUUAUUUAGCUGGGCUGGCUAUUUAAUCCGAUAAGGUAGUGAGAACAAUGUUCUGUUCCCCUGUAUUGACGACUUCUGUCAGUUUCGGCAGAUUCCGAUUCUACCUACACAAGGUCUUGAUUCAGCUAUGCAACUGUGAUAUAACAAUUAUUGGAUACUUUAGGAAUCAGUACGCUUUUCCAUUUCACUCUUACCAAAACAGUGUGAUGUACACCUUUUACAAAGGCCUGCCUUACCAAAAUGGUGUUGUAGCUCUGUAUUGUAUUUCCAAAGCUUGUAGUGACAUUUCAAAACAGUGUAUGAAACAGUUAAAUAUCCUGUUUAUUUGCUUUCCCUUGGGUUUGUGUCUCUUUUCAAAUUAUUGAUCGGUGCAAAUUGACAUUUAUACCAAUCUGGUUUUAAAGCAAGAACAUUUUUAUAUGCACUGUAACUCUAAUGAGGGUUUACAGACAGGCAUGUUUUGUCAGCAUUAGAAUUUGCUCAAGUCUUGGUAUGGGUCUUAUUAUAAGCAUGUAAGAAAUGUAAACAAAAAUAAUCUUAAUAAUGUACAGAUUAAUGUAUUUUUUUAUUUUUAAAGUUGGAAACUAAUUUCUAGUUAUCUGGGGAAGAUUAAUGUUUACAGUUUGUUUUAUGUUUCAGAUUAAUUAUUGUGUAUUGAAUCAAUGUCUGAUCACUAUUUUGUUGAAUUUGUCAAUAGUGCAUAAAUUAAUACAGAAAAAUGAAUUAUAAUUAUAUGAAUGUAGUGUAUAUAAGGCUGACUAGAGAAACUUGAAAUAUGAACUUGAAUACAUUGUCAGAAUAAAAAUGCUACAUACAUUUCAAA